UUUAUUCCGGAUAUCCGUAAUCUUCGAUGGCCAGUUCUACUUUUAGAUACGCGAAAGUGCGCUCUGCGCAUGCCCAUUACAGGUAGCAACGGUGUCCGACAAUAUUUACCAUUGACAGCGUUCAAAAUUAGAAGAAAAUGACUACUUACAGGGGAGCAGACUCAAAGAGGGAAGAGUUUAGGAGAUACCUAGAGAAAGCUGGUGUUCUAGAUGCACUCACAAAAGUGUUGGUGGGAUUGUAUGAAGAACCAGAAAAACCAAACAAUGCAUUAGACUUCUUGAAGCAGCACUUAGGGGCCUCAGGACCUGAGACCGCUGAUGUAGAAGCCCUUAAAUUAGAGGUGACAGAACUCCGACAGAAAGUGGAACAGCUGACAGAAGAAAACCAGGAAAUGAAGGCAAAGUUACAACAAUUUGAAGAGGAACCACAAACUUCUUAGAUGCUUGCAUUUAACUUCAUAUAUACACCAUGUACAUUCUAUUCAUCAAGUCUGGCUUGUUCAGUAAAUGAUUAACAACUAUUUUUGGGACCAUUUUUUGCCUUGAUCUGAACUUUAUGAUAAAAAUUAACUUGUACUGACUGUACAUCAUGAUUAAUCAUGAUUGUCUGAACAAAUAUUCAGUAUAGGCAAAUAAAGAUAUGUUUGCUUUAUAUAAUUGAAGUCUUAAUAGCUGUGGUAAAAAAAACAAAAAAUAAACAAAAAAUAAAAUUUGAGAAAUAAUGAUGUAACAAUAAUUCUUGUACAUAUUCCUUAUUAUGUGAGUUACAUGAUAGUGGUAUGCUCACUGAGUGAGAGGUUUUUUACAGUGUUCGGUUUCCUUUUAAUCAUUUAUAGAGCAAAUCUUUGACUGUUACAUGUUAGUUUCGAACGUUUACAAAACUGUUUACAAGUCAUUUUAAAUUAAAAAUGCUCACUUAAAA